AUGUCGCAUGUCAACGCCAUGGAGUCUGUUGUUGCUGAGUCCAGCUCCAUCUAUAGUACCUAUAUUGCCACGAUAGACCAUCUUCCAUGCGACAUUGUCCGAUCACUUUGGCUAGUUCAAAGCUGCAAUCUCGCGGCGGAAAAAGAAAGCCAUAAACUCAACCUGAUGCUCUUACAUGAAAACGCAGAGUCUGUUCUCCAGAAGAUCAAGCAGGGAAAUUUGGAAAUAGUAAAAGCAUACGCCGAACUGAAGAAACAGAUCCAACGCUUCAAUGCUGAGGCGGUAGCCGAAAUGGAGAGCCUCUGUGACCAAUUAUCUACUCACGAACAAAUGGUUUCAAAGGAGAUCUCUCAACUUCAGACUAUGGUGCAUGCUCCAGAAAGGGACAAUCUGCUGCAUUCAGCUCAGCUACGGGCACAGCUCAUUGAACACUACAGGAAAAAUCCUCUUGCAUCGCAGGUCGAGGCUCUCAAGGAGCAAGAGUACAUCCUUCGGAAACUGGACAAUGUCAUCAUCUCUAAAUCACCUGGAACACUGACUGGCCUUAAGAUUGUCUUCAAACUCUCAGGUGACAAAAAACCGACUCGUUCCAAAGCCGAAAUGUCCAAGUCUCGAGGCUUGGAUAGAACACAUCCAAAAUCCCGAACUGGACGGGGAAAAUGGCCCAAACAACGCAUAUCUAAGAAGGAAACACAACUUAAGGUAGCCCAACCUUUCGAGGAAAUGGUUGAACCCAUAGUGGAAGCUGAACCAGAGAAGUAUUGUUUCUGCAAGCAGCCGUCCUUUGGCGAUAUGAUUGCAUGCGAUAAUGAAAAGUGUCCCAACGGAGAAUGGUUCCAUUAUAAAUGCGUGGGACUUCUAAAUCGGGUAGAAGCUCUUAAAUAUAACAAACAGAAAUGGUUCUGUUCCCCACAAUGCAGAGAGACCUUUGAGAGCCGCCAAAAGAGGAAAAGACACAAGAGCAGAAAGAACCGAUGGUAA